AUGACAUUCAAAUUCAUCGUGCUUCCCAAGUCACACCCUUCCCCCUCGAAAUGGCUUCAGCUAGCAGAUCGUUACAAAGCAUUCCGCCUACUUUCGCUCCGCCUCUCGCCGGAGAGCUUCGGCUCGACAUACGCCCGUGAAGUCGCCUUUCUGCCAGAUAAAUGGACAGGCCGUCUCUCAAAUCCACAGGCAACCACGCUUAUAGUGGUUGACGUACCCUCGGACUCUUCAGAUAUCAAUAGUCUUCCAACGGUGGAUGACUUUGAAUUGGCAUUAGACGCAGAAUGGCUCGCAUCGUUGGUGAUCAGUGGGCCCCUUGAUGCCGAAACUGUUGCAACCCAUCGGUACUUUGAGGAGUCCUUUGUGGAUUCUGCAGUGGCAAACGAGUCUGGUAGACCAGUUUUGCAGUACGUCCUUAAUGGAAUGUACGUCAUACCCUCUUUCAGAGGCAAGCGACUUGGGGCCCAACUGGUUGAGCAUGCGAAGCGGUACGUGGCAGAGCAGAUGACAGCGUCUAAAGAGAACGUACGGCUAUCGCUUAGUGUGGACUACGACAACUCCCCGGCGAGGAAAACAUACGAGAUGUGUGGCUUCAAGGUGGUGCAUCGGUACUGGUUUGACGACUAUAGAGCAGGGCGGGGUGCGCGGACUGAGGCGGCGGUCAUGGUGCUUGACUUUGUUGUCGACAACGUGGAGGGGACAGCAGACUUGUGA